UAUUCGUCUAACUUCAUGUUGGUACGCUCUCAAAACAAAUAGUGCGUAGUCCGAGCUGUUGUUUAUCGUGUAUAAAAACAAAAUAAACGUGACCUACAUUUUUUGUGAGAGUCCCAUUAGAUUCUAUUUCGAGUCAUUUGUCAAUUUCAUAUAGAUUUGAGCUAAUAAACCGGUCGUAUCGUCGCCGCAAUGGAAGUCGAACGCUUCGCUUCCGAAAUUGAGAACGUGGCGGACGAUAGCGAAAAGCCGGUGGUAGUUGAGGGCGCCGGGGACGCGGCGACAUCUCAUCCUGAGCGUCUGCGUCGCAAAAACAAGAAGUUCUGGCGUUCUAACAGCAAGGAGGGUCCUGCUAACCCUACGGCAGUCACUCCGCUGCCCAAGUACCGCAGCUGGAAGAAUAGUCGUCGGCCACGAAACGGCCAUGGACGGGGCUUGCCUAAGAAAGGCGGUGCCGGUGGUAAAGGCGUGUGGGGGGCUCCCGGGUCGGAGCUGCUCGAGGAGUAUGUGGAGGACGCUAACGACCCCAACUAUGACUCGGAGGCCAUCAGCAACGGUGACGUGGAGUUCAAACAGAUCAUAGUAGAGGCCGAGCCGGAGGAAAUCGUGCGCAAGGCGGAACCUGUUAUUUUGGAGUACUUUGAACAUGGAGACACAAACGCUGCGGCGGAAGACCUGCUGGAGUUUGUGACGGCUAAACGAAGCCACCUGGUUUGCGAGACUAUUGUUGAGAUUGCGUUGGAUCACAAACCGUCUCACUGCGAGAUGGCUUCCGUCCUCAUAUCAGAUCUCUACGGAAGAGUGUUCUCAGCCAAGGACAUUGGAUACGCCUUCGACAGACUCCUAGAGAAGUUACCGGACCUGGUUCUCGACACACCGGACGCGGCCAUCUUGUUGUCUAACUUCAUAGCUCGCUGUGUCGCCGACGACUGCCUACCGCCGCGAUUCGUACAGAUCACCAAUGAAAAGACUGAUAUUAACGCUCAUGCCAAACAAGCCAUAAACAGGUCGGAAACCCUGCUGUCCAUGAAGCAGGGACUAGUCAGGCUCGACAACAUAUGGGGAGUCGGCGGAGGGAUCAGGCCAGUCAAGUCACUGAUCCGUCAAAUACAACUGUUACUUAAAGAGUACCUGACGUCCAACGACCUCGCCGAGGCGAUGAGGUGUGUUCGAGAAUUAGAAGUGCCGCACUUCCACCACGAACUCGUUUAUGAGACGGUGUUGCUAGCUCUCGAGACAAUCAACUCUAGCGUCGAGGAACAGCUGUGCACCUUCCUGGCUGAGCUCAGGCGGUGUGUGAUCGUGUCCCCCGAUCAGAUGGACAGGGGUUUCCUGCGGGUUCUUGAGGAUAUGUCCGACAUAGUCCUGGACGUGCCCCUGGCCUACAUCAUGCUGGACCGCUUCCUCGAGCGCUGCCAGAACAAGUUCCGCCUCGGCGACGCCGUGCUCAAGCGAAUGCCUACCAGAGGCCGUAAAAGGUUUGUGUCCGAGGGCGACGGAGGCGUGAUCAAGGACCACGCGCUCAAACUCAGAGAGUAAAUACUGAAGAUGACGCCGUAACUGUAGCAGAAAGCAUCAUGGAAUGGACCUACGUUGUACCAGCGCUGGAGACCGGCUGAUAUCUCGCGGAAAAUUAAGGAUAAUAUUAAAGUACCGCUGGCACUUUUGGUACCAUAGUACAAUAUAUUGUUACAGAAUAUCUAAGAUAGACCCCGCAGACUUUCUCAAGUUAAUCAAGUAUGAAAGUAUCGCUGGCACUUUUAGUGCCAUGUUGACAUUUUAGGAACCGGAUCUUGUAAGUAAUGUUUGGAUAAUCUUAAGGUAAUUUGUGAAAAUGACAACUGACACUAAAAGUACCAGAUUUGAACUCGGCUUAGUGCCAACCAUUCACGUUAUUCGUCCUACAGUACCUUAGCCUAUGGUUACGGCGCGUCUUAAUAAAAAAGCCGCCGACUUUUUUGUCUUUAAUUAUAGACUAGGUGAAAACGUUAGAUUUGCAUACUUUAAUGAAAAGUCCAAAUUUCCAAUUUUUGUAUUAGUUCCUACCCGACUACCCUCGAAAAGGAGUGUAAUGCGUUUAGAUUUCAUGUUAAAUGUGUGGUUUAUUUAUUACCUGUAUUUAUUUUGAAAUAAGAA